AUGAACUGGGGGAAGGAUAUGAAAUGCUCGGUCAGGCUGGGAAUGAAAAGUUGCGUGUGUCCAUUGGUCACAAUAAACUUGCUGUCAAAGUUGCUAAAAGUUCAACAAAAUAGCAAUCUAGAAGCUGGUGGUAUUACCCCUCUACAUUUGGCUAUUUGUAUUGCGGGGUCAGAUGAUAUCAUUGAUGCUCUGACGAGUGACCCACAAGAGAUUGGAUUGCACUCCUGGGAUUCUCUUUUGCAUGCUAGUGGGCAAUCCCCAUAUGCAUAUGCUAUGAUGAGGAACAACCACUCUUAUAACAGGUUGGUAGCGCGUAAACUUGCAGACAGAAGGAAUGGUCAAGUCUCUUUAUCAAUUGAAAAUGAGAUGGAGCAACCAUGGCCAAAAGUAGGGCAGGAGCAACAUUUUGGACAAGGACGCAGUUCUCAUGCCAAGUGUACAGUUGUGGCAGCGAAAUACAGCAGGAGGAUGCCAGGUUCACAAGGCUUGCUUCACCGCCCCUGCAUUCAUUCAAUGCUCGCCAUUGCUGCUGUCUGUGUUUGUGUCUGCCUGUUCUUGCAUGGCUCAUUUUGCUCGCCUCACUGUCUUCUUGCAGUGGCUGAUGCAUCUUAG